AGCCACAUUGCAGACUUGCGGACAUCGUUCGAUAAUCGUCGAGUCAGAUGCGCGCGCGCAGCCCGUCGUCCUGACGCGCCUAAAUCGAAAUAAUAAUCGAUUAAAUCGAAUAUACAAGUGCGAUAUUAGUUGAUGGGAUACGAUACACAAUAAUCGGCGUCAACAUGCCACAGUUUAACACAGUACUAGUGACAGGCGGAGCCGGGUACAUCGGCAGUCACUGUGUGGUAGACCUCCUCGAAGCUGGCUAUGAUGUGGUUGCCAUAGACAACUUCUCCAACGCAGUAGGAGACGAGGAAGGCUCCCCAGCCCUGAAUCGUGCGGAACAAAUCACAGGAAAGAAAAUCACGUUUUACAAAGCCGACCUUUUGGACAAACCGCAAAUAAAUGAUAUAUUCGAUAAGCACAACAUAGAUUGCGUGAUUCAUUUUGCUGCACUGAAGGCAGUGGGCGAAUCAAUGCAGCAACCGUUACUGUACUACCAAAAUAAUCUACUUGGAAUGCUUAAUCUAUUGGAGAUAAUGCGAUCCCACAACUGCUACCAAAUGGUAUUUUCUUCUUCUUGCACGGUGUACGGAGAGCCGGAACACCUACCAAUCACGGAGACGCAUGCAACUGGCAACAUUACUAAUGUAUAUGGCAGGACUAAGUAUUUCAUUGAGGAAAUGCUGAAGGACUUGAGCGCUGCUGACGAGAAAUGGAACAUUAUAUCGCUGCGAUACUUCAACCCGGUGGGAGCACAUCCAUCGGGCCUCAUUGGUGAAGACCCCACAAAGGAAUUCACAAACUUGAUGCCUUUUAUGGCCCAGGUUGCUCUUGGAAAGAAACCCGUGCUUACUAUCUUCGGAAAUGAUUAUAAUACACCUGAUGGUACAGGAAUUCGGGACUAUAUUCACGUGAUGGAUCUCGCUAACGGCCACGUGGCAGCCCUAAAUUUAUUGAGCAGCAGUCACAUCAGAUUAAAGGUAUACAACCUAGGCACAGGCCGAGGGGUCUCAGUAAAAGAGCUGGUGGACGUCUUCGAACGGGUGACCCAAACGAAAGUACCAGUGAAGUAUGUCUCACGCCGAUUGGGCGAUAUCACAGCGAUGUGGGCUGAUGCGACGCUCGCGAAAACUGAGCUCGGCUGGACGAGCGCGCGGAGUAUUGAGGAGAUGUGUAGCGACUUUUGGCGAUGGCAAACAAAGAAUCCCGACGGCUACCCCAAGAAGAACAAAACUAGCGUUAUAGUGAUGAAUGGAAAGAGCUAACAUGUCCUUGCAUUUUAUAGUUAUGUAUUAAUAAAUAAGUAUUUUAUAUCGAA